AUGUCUUCUCCAUCCACCACCAAUGUUCUCGUCACUGGUGGCUCUGGCUUUCUUGGCGCUUACUGUAUUAUAGCCCUUUUAAAAGAGGGAUAUCUAGUUCGUACAUCAAUUCGAUCCCUCUCAAAAGCCUCAAAAGUCACAGAAUCCUUGAAGAAUGCUGGUCUCACAGACGUCGACUUGAAUCGCCUAUCCAUUGUCGAGGCUGAUCUCAACAAAGACCAAGGCUGGGAUAAGGCUGUUGAGGGAUGUACAUAUGCUCUUCACGUGGCAUCUCCGAUCCCCGUCACCAUACCUAAGGACGACAACGAAUUGAUCGUCCCCGCACGUGAGGGAACGCUCCGAGUCCUUAGAGCUGCGAAGCGUGCUGGAGUAAAACGGGUCGUUCUCACUUCGUCCUUCAAUGCCGUCGGUUAUGGGCAUCCUGACCAAGCCAAGCCUUUUACAGAAGAAUCAUGGUCCAAUGAAAAGUCGAAACUCGGUGCUUACCCUCAAUCCAAGGUCGCUGCUGAGCGCGCCGCAUGGGACUUUGUGAAGAAAGGGGAUGGAAAAGGGCUAGAACUUACUGCCAUCAACCCUGUCGCUAUGUUUGGACCUGUUCUUGGUACUGAGAUGCCAUCCAGUAUUCACAUUAUCCAACGAUACAUGACUGGAGAGAUGCCCGCCAGUUUGAACCUCUACAUGGGUGUUGUCGAUGUCCGCGAUGUCGCUGUCCUGCAUCUUCUUGCCAUGACAAGUCCUGCGGCGAAAGGAGAGAGAUUCAUUGCAGUUUCCCCAGGAGGUGGAUGGAUGCAAGAAAUUCCCCUCAUACUAAAGGACAAACUACCAGAAGUCUCCCAGAAGGUUUCUAUAAAGGUCUUGCCAAAUUUCGUCACGAGGCUCCUGGGUAUGUUCGACAAGCAGGUUGCCACUUUCGUACCAGAGCUAGGAAGGAGAAAGGCGUCUUCCAACGAGAAAGCAGUCAACAUUUUGGGCUGGACGCCGAGAUCCCGAGAGGAUACUAUUGUGGACACUGCCGAAGCUUUGAUUAAAUAUGGCUUGGUGAAGACUGCGUAA